GCAACAACUUCUCAAAUGACGUACUACGCAUUUCUACAGUAAUCACAGUCAGACCGCGUUUCUGACGACUCGUAUCUUCGACAAUUUUACGUAUUCCGGAGACAAACAAUAGUAAAAAAAAAAAUCAUAAUAACAAACGAGUGAAUUGAGAUUUUGAGUGGAUAGAGCGCGAGUACACGUGAAAGAGGGACCAUUACAAGAGUGUUUUGCAUUUUUACUCAUUUGAUAAGGGUGUGGGCCCCAUACGACGCUAGGAAACACUGGUCGGAGUGCUCGACGUCGGAUUUUUCGGAGGACGAGAGAGACUCAAAUGUUCUAGAUAAGGGCGUUGGGCGCAAUAGAAGAAUCAUGGACGGAGAUGCAUCAGAUUGCAGCAGACGUCCCCCGACAAGGGUCUUCAAAAAGUCCAGUCCGAAUGGAAAAAUGACAGUCUACCUGGGGAAGAGGGACUUUGUCGACCACAUCACACAUGUAGAUCCAAUCGACGGAGUGGUUUUGAUCGAUCCAGAAUAUGUGAAAGAUCGAAAAGUAUUUGGACACGUUCUAGCGGCGUUCAGGUACGGCAGAGAAGACCUUGAUGUCCUCGGUCUAACAUUCAGAAAGGACCUCUAUUUAGCGGCUGAACAAAUCUACCCAGUCCCCAGUAGUCAACCCCAUAGACAACUCACGAGAUUACAAGAGAGAUUGUUAAAAAAAUUAGGGGAAAAUGCUUAUCCAUUUUAUUUUGAAUUGCCACCACAUUGUCCUGCCUCGGUGACACUUCAGCCGGCCCCUGGUGACACCGGCAAACCCUGUGGGGUUGAUUACGAACUGAAGACAUUUGUCGGAGGAACGCAGGAUGAUAGGCCACACAAAAGGAAUUCGGUGAGAUUAGCAAUUCGUAAAAUAAUGUAUGCACCGUCCAGACAAGGUGAGCAACCAUCGGUGGAAGUCAGUAAAGAGUUCAUGAUGUCACCCAAUAGAUUACACCUAGAAGCGUCGCUCGACAAAGAACUGUAUCAUCACGGUGAAAAUAUCGCUGUCAAUGUACACAUCGCUAAUAACAGUAAUAGAACAGUGAAGAAGAUCAAGGUGUCAGUGAGACAAUUCGCUGAUAUCUGUUUGUUCUCUACUGCACAGUAUAAGUGUAUUGUUGCUGAGGCGGAGAGCGAUAUAGGGGUAGCGCCAGGAUUCACCUUGAGCAGGGUAUUUUCCCUAACGCCAACCCUUGCCGACAACAAGGACAAGCGUGGCCUCGCCCUAGAUGGGCAGCUGAAACAUGAGGACACCAAUCUAGCAUCUAGUACCAUGGAGGGUACCACAGUCGGUCCUGGUUUCACGCUGAGCAGAGUUUUUACGCUGACGCCGCUGCUGGCCAACAACACUGAUAAAUGGGCCCUUGCCCUUGACGGCCAGCUCAAACACGAGGACACCAAUUUGGCGUCCAGCACCCUCGUUGCGGAUCCAUCACAGAGGGAGAACCUCGGUAUCAUCGUCCAGUACAAAGUCAAAGUGAAACUUUGCCUGGGUCCACUGGGAGGUUUGUGUUUCUUCUCCAGUGAUCUAGUUGCGGAACUACCGUUCAUCCUUAUGCACCCAAAGCCGGAGGAGGAGGAACAACCGUCCCGAGCAGCCCCAACGCAAAGGAUCGAGAAUGGAGAUGCUCACGUGAAUAACGAGGGGAAUUUAAUUCAGUUGGACGCUGACGAUAAUGAGGACGACAUCAUCUUCGAGGAUUUUGCCCGUCUAAGACUCAGAGGAGAAGAGCCAGACUCGUCACCCUAGGGCAGGCCCAAACGUCCAACGUCCAAAUAACGAAAUGCCGCAUGCUUCGUCAAGACCGUGCUCUCUCCAGUCCCCAAAGGAGAACAACAAGUUGAACAAAACUAAAACCAAUAAAUGGCAAGAACAAGGAAGACAAGGUCUUCGAAUCCUGUAAAUUAAUUCCCAUAUCUGCUUUAUCCCUAAAUGUGCUGAUGAUAUUGAAGGUUGGGGGGAGGGGGGGGGAUAAUGAAAAAUAGAAUCACGAAAACAUCCUUCACCUUUAUUCUUUCUUAUUUAUGCGAUCGAUGACCGAUUACGCUUAUUAAUUUACUGAUAUGGAGUUUCGCCAUCGUUUUUCCAAGGAUAUCGUUGCACUUGUACGUGCAAGCGCGAGUAAGAAUAUUUUGCUACGUGAGAUGAUGAAUAAAUUUUCUAACAAAACAGCACAAUUUCGUUUAACACUUGUGGCACAAAUUUUUUUAAUGUAAAAAAAGAACAUUUUUUAUCUCGACUGUAGAAACACUUUGAAUGUCGAUUUUUAUAUUAUCGUUAUUUGUACAAAUUUUUAAGGGUUAAUUGCAGCAAACCCUUUCAUUUGUUGGGAAGAGGAAGGGGGUUGUACUGCAGUGAUUCCUUUGGUUUAUUUAAAAUUUUCUACCUCGAAGAAGAUUAUGGAGUUUUUUUCUAAUGCGAGAUUAAUUAAUUAAAUAACACGUGAAGAAAUUGAAUAGAAAAUCCUAGUAAAUUUGCUGGACAAUUCUUUAAAAAUUUUCCGAACUAUAUUAAUUAUGUUUUCCUGGUCUUACCAAACAUUAAAAAGUUAAUCUAUUUUUUUUCCUACAGAACGGAAAAAUACUAAAAAACUCAGUAGAAUAUCAACCAAGUUUUCAGCGAAUUUGUUAGGUUCUUCUAGCAAAUUUUUUCGAUCGUGGGAAUCUUUCAAUUGGAAUUGAUAGUGAUUAUUGAAAAUCGAUUGAAGUAUUUGAACAGAGAACCGGAACAAAUAUCAUCGAGAUGUUUAUUUUUGUUCCUUAUUUGGCAAUGUUUGUAGAAUAUCGUGGUUUACACAGGAGAAUUUACACUACAUGUGCAUUUCAGAUACUUCAGAAUGAAACUGAUUAUGAAUUUAGGGAAUUCGAUUGAUGAAUCUGAGGGAAGCACAGGAGGUAGAUUGCUGGGGCGGAGGGCUUUAGUGACGUUACGGUAUCCCGGAGUCACGUGGUGUUAUUAAUUGAGUACAAGGGUAUUUAAUACUUGGGGAAGAAUUCAGUGAUGGAGCGGCUGAACAAGGCUUUUUCAAAUAUGUUCACUUUUGGUGCUGCAAUUAAAUGUAAAUAAUCAGCGAAGCGCUAAAUCUGUUUGUUAAUUUGAAUAAUUGCUCAGUUUACAACCAUUCAAUUUACAUUGAAGUUGAUUUGGCUAACAAGUUUUUUAUUCAUCGAAUAUCACGUAGAAAUCGCAGAAAUACCACAUUCAUCACUGGAUUCACUGCAUUCGAUUAUUUUUCACUGAAAUUAUUUCUCUUCAACUAGUUCAAAUAGUAUUAAUAUCAACAGGAUACUCAAGACAAAAUCGCACCAUUCAAUGUUUUGAUGUUGCCUAUAACGACAAUUCAGGAGCGAAGGGGUAAAAUGGUUUACGUCCAUCUUGAUAAUUGCCCGAUUUUCGAUGAAUAUCUCAAUAUCGAGGGGAGAGAGCAAAAUUUUUGUCGAACCAUUUUUAUAGUUCUCAAUGUUCUCUACAAAAAGUUUGAGCGAUAAUUUUGAUAGCUCUAUUAGGUUCAUAGAAAAUCCGCAAAGCCUCAGGCCUAAAUCGAUUGAAACCAUUUGAACUAUUCGCCAGUAUUUUUUUUUCUUCUUAGAUAUGCAACAGACAUUUCAGAUAAUUAAAAUAAUAUGAAAAUAGUCGAACUGUCACCUUGCCAAAGCUGAAGUUGUUCGUUUGAUGAUAAUUGUACCUUUCGGAUGGAAAAGAACGAGAGGAAAUAAAACACUAAUCAAUGAAGGGCAUGUUGCACAGCAACGAAAUGGAAUUUAGAAAGUAAUAUAAUAAUUUAAGAUUAAAUACUACUUGUAAAUGUCUAAUUAAUAUUUAAAAGUUGUAAUAAUAAAGAGUAAUCCUCAUUUCUAAUGAAAGAAUACCGGGUAAUUGCGAUUGGCGGAGGGCUUGUGUGACUGACUAGUGUGCAGUGUCCGAGAUAAUUGUACAUUCAACGAAACUUGAAGCAUUGGCGCUGUUUGUGCAUAAUAAAUGUGAAAAUUUAUGGACACUGGAGCAUUGUGAACGUAAUUGCUGCUGCUGAACGAUGGAAGAUUGAAAAUAAAAUCAGGUGACUCUGGGAUUCAGUGAAAUAGAACAUUAUUGUCGUUCAAUCAGAUAAUUAAUUUUGUUCUCUAUUGCUACACUCAAACCCAGAGUUUGCUAGCUCAAUAAAAAAAUAGUUCGUCGAAUGCACGAAGAGAUUUAAUAGAAAAACUCGCGCUGAAACUGCAUUUAAUUUUUUUCUACGAAUAAUUACGUUACAAACUUGUUAGGCGUGGAAUUUUAAGGUCUCUAAUGGCUGUUAUUUUCCACAGACAUCUUUGUAAUGACUCAUGCAAACAACCGCAAUUUAAUAUUUUUGAAAAAUAUUCCACGGAACUACAAAAAAUUGUUUCUAUUAAAUUUUUUCGUUCGUGUGAAAUGUAAAUCAGUAGUGGAGUGAUGCAACAAAAUAUUUAAUCAACUUCUAAAGAAGCUGAGUGCUUCCGGAGGACCUUUUAAUCGGCAUUAUUAUUAUUUUUAUAACUCUAGAAAAAUUUUACGAAAGAUACUCUAAAGCAAACCCAUGAAAAUUUUUGAACAAUAUUUUUAAACGUCAUUCUGCGACAUAAAAAAUAUUUUCUCAGAGAAUUCAUUGUCUCUCAGCUGUCGAGACAUCUCUAAAAAAGAAUCUGUCGUUGAGGGGAAUUUUGUCACAUCCUCACUACUGAAAUAAAAUCCAUGAAUGGGCGAGGAACAAAUAGACGCUCGAUAAAAGUAUUAUUUUCGUUAUCUAACUGAUGCUAUUAAGUCUCCCGACGUCUAAAUCAAUGAAAACCCAUGGAGAUUACUAAUGGAAGCAAGAAAUCCUGUCAUAUUGAUGACGUGAGUGACACUGACGGACAAAUAACGAAUCUAUUGCAUUUCAACAACGAGAGUAGCGAUAAUAAACCAAAAGUGACGAAUUCUUCCGUUGAUAACGAAUGAAUGAAGUGGAGAAAAUGAAUGGGGAAUUUUGGAAAUUAAUAAACCGAAGAAUUCGAAUUAAUUUGACGCUUUUUUUUCCAUGGAGAAUGUUUGGAUGAACUCUUGGAGUACAUGGGGGAGUGAGGAUAUACAAGAGCAUUAAAUAGACAGUAAUGAAAUAUAUAUAAUAUAUAUAUGUAUCUGUAUAAAUUGUGUAUUCUCGUUUAAUGACCGUAAUAAUUUAAUAAAUCCUAUAUAUUGGA